CCUUCGCCUCCCUCGGGACCCUGUCUGGCCCGCCGCGCGCGAGGCCCCUGGCGGCUCCGGCCGCCAGCCAGGCCCAGCGCGUCCCCGCCUAUCGCACUCGAAAGACCCGAAAACCUUGGAUGAUUUUUGCCCGGGGUUGACAGCUUGGGCUUGAGUGUCUUAAAGAAGGGGGCCUCAAGCAGUUGUCAGGAGGUCCCUGUCCCUGCAUACGCCCCCUUUGCUCGUUCCUGCGACUUCCUUUGUCCUCCUCGUCUUUCCCCCUCAGCCCUUCACGACACUUUCCCCCCCUUAUUUGCGGAUGCUGAUCUCCUCUUUGGAGUGUUAGUCGGCCCUGUGGGACCCGGCACCACUUGCUGGCCUCAGGAGGGGAUUGCAUUCUCCAUCCAAAAGAUCCUCUCCGGAGAGAACUUCUUAGUCCUGAUGUCUGACCAUGGAGAUGUGAGCCUCCCACCCGAAGACCGGGUGAGGGCUCUGUCCCAGAUGGGUAGUGCUGUGGAGAUAAAUGAAGACAUUCCACCCCGUCGGUACUUCCGCUCUGGAGUCGAGAUUAUCCGAAUGGCAUCCAUUUACUCUGAGGAAGGCAACAUUGAACAUGCCUUCAUCCUCUAUAACAAGUAUAUCACGCUCUUUAUUGAGAAACUACCAAAGCAUCGAGAUUACAAAUCGGCUGUCAUUCCUGAAAAGAAAGACACAGUAAAGAAAUUAAAGGAGAUUGCAUUUCCCAAAGCAGAAGAGCUGAAGGCAGAGCUAUUAAAACGAUAUACCAAAGAAUACACAGAAUAUAAUGAAGAAAAAAAGAAGGAAGCUGAAGAAUUCGCCCGGAACGUGGCCAUCCAGCAGGAGAUGAAAAAGGAAAGACAGAGGGUAGCACAACAGAAGAAGCAACAGUUGGAGCAGGAACAGUUCCAUGCCUUUGAGGAGAUGAUCCGGAACCAGGAGCUAGAAAAAGAGCGCCUGAAAAUUGUACAGGAGUUUGGGACAGUGGACGCUGGCUUAGGUGGCCCCCUGGUGCCUGACUUGGAGAAGCCCUCCCUAGAUGUGUCCCCCACAGCACCUGUCGCAUCCACACAGCCUUCCGACUGUAAUACAACUGUAAGGCCUGCCAAGCCACCUGUGGUGGACAGGUCCUUGAAGCCUGGAGCACUGAGCAACUCCGAAAGUACUCCUACAAUCGAUGGACUGCGCCACGUGGUGGUGCCUGGGAGGCUCUGCCCACAGUUUCUACAAUUAGCCAGUGCCAACACUGCGCAGGGAGUAGAGACAUGUGGAAUUCUCUGUGGAAAACUGAUGAGGAAUGAAUUUACCAUCACCCAUGUUCUCAUCCCCAAGCAAAGUGCUGGGUCUGAUUAUUGCAACACAGAGAACGAAGAAGAGCUUUUCCUCAUACAGGAUCAGCAGCGCCUCAUCACACUCGGCUGGAUUCAUACUCAUCCCACACAGACCGCCUUCCUCUCCAGUGUUGACCUACACACUCACUGCUCCUACCAGUUGAUGUUGCCGGAGUCAAUAGCCAUUGUCUGCUCCCCUAAGUUCCAGGAAACUGGAUUCUUUAAACUAACCGACCAUGGACUAGAGGAGAUUUCUUCCUGUCGCCAGAAAGGAUUUCAUCCCCACAGCAAGGAUCCACCUCUCUUCUGUAGCUGCAGCCACGUGACCGUUGUGGACAGAGCAGUGACUGUCACAGACCUUCGAUGAGAAUUUGACUCAAAACACCUUUCAAGAACUAUAAAACCGCAUCAGUGUACUGUAGCCCCUUAAUUUAAACUUUCCAGAAAUCUCUGGAAGCUUUUGUAGACAGAAUAGAAAGUGAGUAUCACCUGGGGGAGAACUGACUUUCCAUUUCUGGCUUGAAAAGAAAUAAUUGAAUAUAUAUUUUUAGGCAAGUCUGGAAAAUAGCAUUAUCAUGCUAAAGCAACUUUUCAGUCUGCCUGCAACUAAAAAGUUAAGUUGAAAGAAUGGUAUAAUGAACACUCAUAUACUCUUUGUCCUCGAGUUACCAAUUGUUAACAAUUUUUUUCUUUCAGCUCUCCCUCUAAUUUCUCUGCCAACUUGUUUAUUGUUUUCUUUUAAUUAAGGACUAAUUAAGGGCAUCUAUGCAGAAAUUUGGAAGCCAUUCAGAAAAAUCUUUGGGUUUUCCUGUGAUUUAUGGCAAUAUUAAUGAAGUUUAUUACAAGGGCCAGGGACAGCUCAGUAUGUCCGAUCAGAGGGUGAGGCUUGAAAACCCUGAAGAAUGAUUGUGUCAGGAAUUAUUGUUAUUUAACAAAUAUUUCAGGAUAUUUUUUCCUCUACAAUAAAAUAACAGUUAACUUGUU